GAUUCUGCGCGUGGCUUUCAACAGGUAAAUAUAUAAAACACAAAAUUCAACCGAUGUCUCCUCAUGUUCUUGGUUUAGUUGUUGAACACAGAAGACAUUCCCCAAUACCUUCGGUUUCCCGCAUGGUUUAACCAUACAGAUGAAUAUUUUACUCUCAAUUAUUGGUGUUUCGAUUUUUCUUCUGGAUACCAAAGAAGCUCUACUCACUACCAGAUAUGGCAAGAAAAAUAUCAACACGGAUGACAUAAGGCCAAGAAGUGUGAAAAAUAUACCGUCCUUCUUCGUUGGACCGAGAUACGGUAAAAGGAUGACGUGGAGUACCCGAGAAGAUCAACUUCCAUCGCCGCAUCCUUGUACAACAUACGGAGAUUUGAGCUGUGAUUAUACUGGAUAUUCAAAUUAUUAUCGAUGUUCCUUGCGGAGAGAUCGAGAAGGAGAGGAAGAAGACUUUGCCGAUUCCUACUGAUAAUACCAACAGCAGAAAACUUAUUCGAGAAGACGGUGAUGUAACUUUCAAGAAAACUGGGGCUCGACUUAGGCUGGAUGUCAAGCUGCAGUAAUUUUUUGAAACUAGACAAUUGUAUAAUGUAAAAUAUUAAAGUUAGAUAUCAUUUUUUCUUCUCAAUGUACAUUAAAUUUAUCAUUUGGA